GUCCGACAUCGUGAGUGUCACUGAUGGCGCGGUUAUCACAGUGUGCGGGCAGCGCCCUCUUCACCACCCACCUUCUAAUCCUACUUUCAAUAUGUCAGUCCAUCAUAGCUGCCGAGUUUCAGGGGAAAUGGGCCAACAAAACCUACGACUUUAUUGUGGUCGGAGGGGGUACUGCUGGUCUGGCAGUUGCUACACGCAUCAGCCAAGGCUUGCCAGAGAGUUCCAUCCUCGUCCUGGAAGCUGGCCCUGACGCAGUAGACGAGAGCAGGAUCAACAUACCCGGUCUCAAAGGCUCGACGAUCGGGACUCAGUACGACUGGAAUUUCACCACGGUCCCGCAGCCGCACGCAGGCGGGCGGAGGCUGGGCCAGGCCCGUGGCAAGGUCCUGGGCGGCAGCUCGGCGAUGAAUCUCAUGACAUGGGAUCGAGCCAGUGCGCAUGAGUAUGAUGUGUGGGAGGAGCUGGGCAACGAGGGCUGGAACUGGCGGACGAUGAUCAGGAAUAUGCUGAAAGUAGAGAGCUUCGUCCCAUCAGAUCGAUACGGCAAGGCUGGGGUCGGCGAGGGCGGUCCUAUCCAAACUCUCAUCAACCGCUAUGUCCCUCCGCAGCAGGACUAUUUCAUUCCGACCUUGGAGAACUUGGGCAGCAAGGCAAAUCUGGAGUCUCUGGAUGGAAAUCCACUUGGAGUCAUGUUCCAGCCUUCCAAUAUCCGAAACAGCGACUACAAGCGCUCGUACAGCGCUCAUAACCCUGGAUACGCUUCACUUGGCGGUUCGAACCUCCAGAUCCAAACCAACACCCGGGUGCGAAAGAUCAAUCUUGACCAGCGUAGGGGUAGGCUUGUUGCGACGGGUGUGACGUUGGAAGACAACUCGACCAUUCAUGCUGAGAAGGAAGUCAUCCUCUCCGCCGGUUCCUUCCAGAGCCCCGGCCUUCUGGAGCUGUCUGGCAUUGGUGAUAAAAGCAUCCUUUCCGCGGCGGGGAUUCCGUGCCUCUUGAAUCUCCCUGGUGUAGGUGAGCACUUGCAAGACCAUGUCCGGAUUGAGAAUUCAUACCAGCUUCUGCCCAAUUACACUUCGUUUGAUGCUCUCAGAUACAACACCACGUUUGCCGCACAACAGCUCGCCCUCUACAAUGCCAGUAUGAUAUCAGCGUAUGAUUAUACCGGGAGCGGAUAUGCAUUUGUGAACUGGAAGCAAGCUCUAGGCAAUGACUCGGCCCUGCUCUCCCUUGCUCGACAAGCCGCCCACAACCCGCUCACCUCAUCUCCAUUUGAGCGCACCAGAGCCAAGAUCCUCCUUGAUUACCUGCACGACGAAUCCAAGCAUGUUCCGCAAGUCGAGGUGAUCUUUUCCGACGGCUACACCGGUGUGAAAGGCUACCCACCCGUAUCCUCCCCCCUCUACGGCGCCAGCUUCUUCACCCUGAUCGCAUCAAUCCAGCAUCCCUUCAGCCUCGGCUCCGUCCACAUCACCUCGCCCUCCCUCACCACGCCUCCAUCCAUCAACCCCAACUAUCUGGCCCAAGAAUACGACAUCCAAGCCACUAUUGCCGCCGCCCAGUACCUCCGCCAGAUCGCCAACACCGCGCCUCUCCGCGCCAUCUGGUCCUCCGAGUACGAACCCGGCCUCGCUGUCGUGGGCAGCACCGGCCCCGACGCCGACUCCCAGUGGAGAACAUACGUGACGAACAAUAGCUUGACUAUCUACCACCCGGUCGGGACGUGCGCCAUGCUGCCCCGGAGCCAGAACGGCGUCGUGGAUGCGGACCUGAUGGUGCACGGCACGCGGAACUUGCGCGUCGUGGAUGCGAGUGUGAUUCCCGUGUUGCUCUCGGCGCAUAUUCAGACGGCCGUGUAUGGGAUCGCGGAGAUGGCGGCGGAGAGGAUUAUCGAGAGUUGGGCUGGCUGAUCAAGAGGCGUGUCUUGGAUGGGCAAAUGGAUUUUCUAUUGUGGCCUUGCUUCUCGAGUUGUACUUGUGCACCUACAACCCUACCGCAGUACGGCUUCAUAUGAUAUCAUGCUUCAGAGCUCCUUCGGGGGAAUUACAAAAAUGUCUACGGGCCCUAUAUUAAUGAGCAGGUGCUUCUAAGAGAGGUUUCAGCCCUAUAACGCCAUUAUAUUGUAUUCGUUCUCAA